UCCCAGUAUGUCCUGUUUAGACGCCCUCCCGUCCCACCCAUUUCAGUCUCGUCAACUCCACAAGAUUCAUCCCCAAGUCUCCACCUUUCCAUUUAAUCUCCGCCUUUCUUUACUUUUGGAUAUCAGACGUGCCCUCAACCACCCAUCAUGUCUGCACCAGAAGUAGACACGAAUCAAUGGUAUUACCUUUACGUCAACAACAACAAGGACUCCGCCAUGCUAGGCUCGCCCCUGUACAGUGAAGAUGGUACCAGAGGCGCAGUAUUCUUCAACGCUACAGAUACCUCGGCAGACAACAUGCGAUGGCAAAUCUUCCCCGUCAGUGUGAAUUCGUCUGUCGUCUACACUUUCCGUUCCAAGAGGGGCGGCAGCAACGCGUUUAUUGGUACGGCGUUCAAUUCCGCCGAAGAUACAGAGGGCAACACUCAACCAGGCAUGGUCCGGGGCGAUGUUGCAGACACGAGCGUGUACUGGACGUUUGGCGCAUGGGGCGACGGGACAUGGUGGUUGAGCAAUGCGCAGAAUGGGACGGGGUAUCAUAUGACUCGUAAACCGAGCACACUCAUGGCGAUGGACCCCAACAUAACAGCCCCGCAAAAUGGGCAGCGGUGGGGACUUUCGCCGAUUGCGAAAAUCAACGACCCGGCGUAUUCAAGUAUUAAUUUACUGGGGGCCACGGCUAUGGCUGCGACAACGACUUCUUCAACACCAUCGUCCACGUCCACAUCUACAUCCGUAUCCGUAUCCGCAUCCGCCUCUUCCUCAACAUCCCCAUCCCCAAGUGCCGGCACAAACGCCGUCUCUGGCGAAUCCACCGGCAACACCCCCUCUGGCCUCUCCACCGGCGCCAAAGCAGGAAUCGGCGCCGGUGUCGGUGUUGCUGUUCUCAUCGCCCUCGUUGUCCUCGCACUCUUCUUGCGGAAACGAAAACAGCGUCGAGCCGCAUACACGCCUCCACCGAGUUACAACAACCCACAAGAAGUUGCUGGGGCGCCGUUGACAAAGUACGAGCUAUAUCACGACGGGGCAACGAAACAUGAGAUGCCGAAUUCAGGUCAUGAUGUUGCGGAGAUCAUGAGCCAAGAUCGACCUGUAGAGUUACCGGGGAGUACGGUUACGAAAAAAUGAGCGCAAUUGAACUAGGGAAUUAGGGAGAUGAAAGUUUUAAUAUCAAUUGGGGGUGUUGAAUAGGAGCCGUUGAAACGUACGAAAGGCAGGACGAGAUAGGAAAGAGAAAACAAAGACAGAAAGAGAAUGAUACCCAUAUUAGUUAGAGAGUCGAAGCACAGAUUUGUGCCAUAGUCAUGGUCAUCCUGGCUCUCGGUUGAUCGAAAUUCCAAGAACAAAGUUGCAGCAAAUCAUGUUACAGCUUGUCAACUACAUCCAUAUCUACAGUUAGUGUAACAGUCUUGCGCUGAUAGAACGAGUAGCUUACACCUUACGUGCACUUGUAUAGAGU